GGACCAGCGGUUCCAGCCAUGGGUGUCGUCUACUAAUGAAUGCGUGGGCAGGUGCACACACUUAGCAACAACCAGCUGAAGGCCCGAACCCGGUGGACGCACCAGCAACUAUCCUGUGUGAUGCAGAUUCACCUGUAGGUGCGCUGUAAGUAACGUACCGAGAUACGGCUGUUGUGGUUUGGGCGUAUUGCCACUUAGGCGCUGGUCACUGGGUCCGGUCACGCAGCGACGCUCGCUCAUCGUCGAGUACCCUAGGGCCAUGCCUUCAUACGCAACCCGAUCUCCUAGCAAGAGGGGCAAGGUCGGUACGCCCGUGUCUGCGCCGCGGGCAACUUGGUCUCAGGGAGCUCGAUCGUCCCCGAAGAGCGCUCCGAAGGUGAUAACGAAGGCAUACACUCGAGCCGUGAGCGCGACGCCAGUCAACUCGGACUCGGAGGUACAUGACCGUGCUGGCGCCGCCGGAUUGACCCCAGAUGAGGAAACGCUCUUGGCGCUAUUGCUCAAGAAGCGUUCGACGGAGCAGGCGGUGCGGGCCGAGCGUAAAAGGACGGCCCCGUCGACUGUUGCGACGGAUGAAGGGGACCAGCCGUUGCGCAAGAAAGCGAAGAAUGUCUACGACGCAGAGUCCAGCACAGAGGAAGGGGAAGAUGAUGCGCGCGUCGACAGAGAGCUGCAGUUGAGCGAUGAUGAUACGCAGAGUGAUGCUUCGGACAAGUGGUACGACAACAAUGACACCAGUAGCGACAAUUCGGACGACGUCGUGGUUCCUGGACUGCGCACGAAGGGGAUCGGGUUUUACUCGAGGAUCAGUCGCAUCAAUGCUACCGAGCUGCCUGCAGAUCUCAAGCCCCUUGUGACCGCGGCGCGGCAUCACUUACUCCUCCGGCUUGCAUUUCAGACCGCUUGGAUCUCUGACGGAAGAGUGGUCAGCUCGCGGCUAUCCAGUAAUCGUGAUCUUGUGGCUUCUGCACUCAAGGACACUGGUAAUACACUUGGCAAGGAUGACAAGAUCAAGAAGGGGUAUCAUAUGUUACAGCGAGGCAAGCCAAGUGACAGGCAGGAACUUCAGAUGAAGGUGAAUGGAUUGAUUUGGUCAGCAUCUGUACAUAUGCACAACGACAUCAAGAAUAAGGCCCAGAAGGUGGUGCGACAGCUCUAUGGCCUUACUGCUUUGUCUGUCCAGCGACAGAAGCUUGCAGCCCAAUGGCUUCUCAGGACUCACUUCAUCAAGGGCCAGGGCUGUAAAUAUGAAGUUCCCAAGUUUGUCUUUGGUGAAAUCAAUAUGGUCUGGUACAAGGAGACACUGGAUACUAAAGUUAGCAUUGAAUCACUGUGCUGACUUGCAUAUUUAUUGGAACCUUUCUUAGAACAGCCAUGUCAAGCUGGAGCUACCAUUCAGACACCCAGCCAUUCCAGCUAUCAUCCAGAGGC